AUGUCUCCUAAAAAAACCAAAGGCUCAACUAUUUAUCAAUUAGGCAGUUGUUAUAUUUGCUCAAAAUGCCUAUAUUGUUUUGAAAUAGACAAAGAAAAUUGUAUAUGUAAUAAAAAUAUUCGUCCUUCUAAAGUUAAAAAUACAUUACCUGGUCAACAAUUUUAUCCUCGUGCCUUUUCUCCAGAUAUAUCUUUUUCACAAGCUAGUAAAUUACUUCAAGAUGCUAAUAUAAAAUUCCAAUAUGGAACUGAUUUUAAUUCAUCCUUUUCUUAUACACUUUAUGAUGGCUCCGAUGAUGCAGCUACAACUUCAAGUGAGAUAGAAGAGCUAAAAUUAUCUAUUAUAAUUGAAAACAAACAAAAAAAUAAUGCUGCUAAAACAUUAAUAAUUUCACCAGUUGAUUUUGAUAAUGUUAUUGAAAAAAUUCAUUUAUAUAUUCAAAAAUCUCUUGGUGAUAGAAAACUCAAUGUAUUUGAUUAUUCUCUUCAAUACAAAGCACUCAAUAGUAGGGGUACAGCAAAUACUUUGGAGGAAGAAACAGAUUUUAAUGAUUUUUUAGACGAAUAUAAAAAAAUAAUUGGUAGUAAUAAAAAAAUGGGAAUUAGUGAAAUUCCAGAAAAUAGUUCAUCUUCAGAUUCUAAUACAGAAAAAAUUAAAGUUUUUCAUAAGAAAAAUAAAUCUAGAGCUGUUCAAAAAGAAGAUUUAACAUCAGAACAAAUGACAAGAGCACAAGUGAUAAAUGAAUUAUCAGAAAAAUAUAGAUGUUCUAUUCACCUUACACCAUUACAUGCUGUUACAAUUUCCAAGCAAGAAAAUAUUUCACAAUCACUAAUAUCAAAUGUACUUUCAUCUAACAAUUCAACAAAUUCUAUACAACCUAUGUAUUUUCAUUUUCCUCAAUUACCUUUUAAUCUUCCAUAUUAUCCUUAUUCACAAUCUUUUCCUUCUAAUUAUCAACAAUCUAUCACUUCUCCUAAUGAAAUACCUACUGUUUAUGAAUUUUUAAAAACAUUAGAUAAUAAAUUUAAUACUCCAGGUACUUAUACUCAAUUUGAGAAAGCUUUUAUUGAUGAAGAAAUAACUGUUAAUAUAAUCAAAGAUUUGAGUGAUAAUCAACUAGAAAAAUUAGGUGUAACAAAAAUUGGAUGGCAAAAAAAUAUCAAACAAUAUGCAUCUAUUUUUUA